AUGUCCUCUGCUCAUGAUGCCACCACCAAGAUCUCCAUUGACAAGUUCGACGGCGACAACUACGCGACGUGGAGCCGCUACAUGCGUGGCGUGUUCCUGACCAAGUCGGCGUGGCACGUGGUGAACCGGGAGACCACCCCCGCCUUCGCCGAUCCUCGCGCCAGUGACGACUACGUCAAGACGAACAACAUUGCGUUCGGCUUGAUGCUGCUGCAGAUGAGCGCAGAUUAUCAUCACGUGGUUGAUGACUGUGAAGAGGCGUGGGUCGCAUGGGCGCGUUUGAAGACGCUGUACGGCGGGUCGCAGAAGGCUGGACGCAUCUACUUGAAGCGCCAGCUUUUCAGUAUGGAGAUGGCAGAAGGCGGCAAUGUGUUGCAUCAUUGCAAUGAGGUCCUCAACAUCAGCGCGAAGCUGACUAGCAUCGGCGCCAAGAUGAAGGACGAGGACGUGGCGAUCUGCUUGUUGCGCAGUCUGCCCAAGAGUUUCGAGAACGUGGUUCUCAACUUGGAGAUGAGCAGCGCAGAGCUUCAAUCGCGGGACGUCGUGAAAGUGCUCACGAACGAGCAUGUCAAGCGGCAAGGUGCGAAGGCUACGGCGGUGAAGACUGAAGACGCGGCCAAGGCGUUCAGUACCGAGCGUGAACCGCACCAUUGCACGUACUGCGGAAAAUUGGGGCAUACGGUGGACCGAUACUGGACCAAGCAGAAGAACGAAAAUCAAGGUGGAGCUCGACGCGGCGGCAACAAUGCUCGUGGACGCGGAGCCAACAACGUUCAGUGGCGAACCAACAGCAACAACGACGACAACUACGAUCGAGUUGCCGGCGCAACACACCACAUCUGCAAUGACAAGGCCAAGUUUGCAAGCCUGAAUGAGCGAGAGGAAGGCGAACUAUCAGUGGCUGAUGGCAGCAAGGCUGCGAUCAAGGGUGUGGGAACCAUCGUGGAACGGGUGGUUCUGCCCAAUGGUGACGAACGCGACAUCGAGAUCAAGGACGCGCUGUUCGUACCAAGUAUGAGCAAGAAUCUGCUUUCGGUGCCACAGAUCAACAAGGGUGGCAGGUUCCAAGUCGUGUUCGAUGGGUCCAAGAUGCAACUGAAGCGCAAGAAUUCCACACAAGUCGUGGCAACAGCGGAUCUCGUCGAUGGACUUUACUGGCUGCGGACUCCUCAACGAUCGGCAAAUGCAGCAACACGCAAUGGGACUAUCGACUUGCAUGCGCGCAUGGGUCAUGCACCCCUCGAAGUUCUGCGCAAGAUGGUGGCCACUGGCAUGAUCAAGGACGCCAAGGCACCUCUCAACUCGACUGGUCCAAGUGUGUGUCGCGGUUGCCAGCAAGGAAAGAUGGUCCAAAAACCAUUCCCAACCAACCGUGACAAACGCCAAUAUGGUGUGUUCGAGUUGCUGCACUUCGACAUCUGCGGGCCAAUGGAACAAGUCUCGAUCGGCGGCAGCAGAUACUUACUGCUUGUGGUUGACGAAGCCAGCGGUUGCAUGAAGGGCUUCUGUCUGCGGUCCAAGUCUGAGAGUGAAGACUGUAUCAAGAACCACAUCAUCAAGAUUCAAACUCAGUUCGGCACGAAGAUCAAGUUUGUUCGGCACGAUGGAGCGCAUGAGUUUGCGACCAACUCGAUCAAGACCUUCCAUGAAGAUCAUGGUAUCGAACAACAGAUCACGGUGCCGUAUGCACACCAGACCAACGGCACCGCAGAACGCGCGAUAAGGACCAUCGUCACGAUCGGACGCAGCUUGUUGCAUCAUGCAAAGCUGGAGAAGUGUUUCUGGGCUGAAGCGGCAAUGACGGCGAUCUACAUCAAGAAUCGCCUGCCUUCACCCAAGAUCGACCACAAGACUCCGUUCGAGAUCGUGUACAAGUCGAAACCAAGUGUCAAGCACAUGCGCGUGUUUGGAUGUCGGGCGUUUAUCCUGACACCAAGGGAGAAGCGAUUGAAGUGGGAACCGAAGGCUCGUGAAGGGAUGUUCCUGGGCUACGAAGAAGCGUCAAAAGCUUAUCGAGUGUAUGACAUUGAGGCGGGCCAAGUGGUGAUCAGUCGUGACAUCACCUUCGACGAAUCGACUUUUGACUUUUCGAUGGACCGACCAAGUGACGAUGAUGAAGAUGCGGAGUUGGACCUCGACCUCCUGGCGAUCAACGAGGACGACGUGCGUCAAACCGUCUACAAGCAGACUGGCAAGCGCAAGAGUGAAGCAAGACCCGGCAUGUCACGUUCAGCUCGCCCUCGAACUGGGUUGGAACAAGCAAGUGCGCCGGCACACGUCUCCAACCGUCACCAGAAACGACGAUCAAGUGCUCCAGAAACGAUGUCUGAUGACGAAGAAGAUGCAAGCGUCUACGAUCAAGAUGACGACUCGACGCCUCCAACAUUUUGGCAUGCAAGUGCAAACGCAGUGGAAGCAACGGACCUAGCAGAACCUGUGACUUUUCAAGACGCGAUCAAUGGUCCUGAUCAAGCUCACUGGCGAAAUGAUGUGAAGGCGGAACUCAAGUCGAUGCAUCGUCGUGGAGUUUUCCGUGCGGCAAAACUGCCAAGAGGCCAAGGCGCGAUCGGCACCAAGUGGGGGUUCAAGAUCAAGCGCAAAGCGGAUGGAUCGGUCGAGAAAUACAAGGCGCGUCUCGUUGCCAAUGGCUUCAAGCAGAAGUACGGCAUCGACUACACAGAGACGUUCUCGCCCGUGGUCAAGUACGUGACACUGCGCAUGGUGAUCGCGAUCACCAAGUAUUUCGACUGGCUACUGUUGACGGUCAUCGGUUUCCUACCAGUGUUGGUAACCGUGACCGGUCCAAUCCGAACCGCCUGUUUAGCUUAG